AUGUCAAAGGGCAAUACGUACUGCUUAACAGUAGUAGACUGUUUUUCCCGGUGGCCGGAUGCCUUUCCAAUACCCGACAUUAAAACGGAAACUGUUAUUCAAGCGCUCUUCGCUGGAUGGAUUGCACGUCACGGCGCCCCAGACUACGUUACCACCGAUCAAGGCGGACAGAUUGAGUCUACAGCAUUCAACAAAUUUGCUGCAGCUUUAGGCGCCAAACAGAUUCGUACGACGGCGUACCAUCCGGCCGCAAAUGGAUUAGUUGAACGCCUACACCGGCCCUUAAAAGCUGCAAUUAGGGCACACGAAACGAAACGUUGGGUAGAAGUCCUUCCUUUAAUUCUGUUAGGUUUUCGAGCAAGCAUUAUAGAAGACUUGGGCGUUACACCAGAAGAGAUGGUCUAUGGAGCCACUCUACGACUCCCAGGUGAUUUCCUGCACACUAACAGAAAAUAUGUCGAUCCAGUUACAUUCGUUGGAAAGCUGAAGGACGAUAUGCGGGAGUUACGACCCGUUCCCACUUCAAAUCAUUCGAAGAGAAAAGUAUUCAUCCAUCCAGAACUCAAGGAGUGUACGCACGUCUUCCUCCGAAAAGACAAGCUUAUUAAAUCGCUAGAGCCACCGUACGACGGACCUUUUAAGGUCAUGGAAAGGGAUAAUAAAGUUUUCAAAAUUCAAGCUGGCAAGAAUUUAGUAAACGUUACGAUUGAUCGGAUUAAGCUAUGCUUCCUGGUUAAUCCGACCAUAGAAGAGGAGUACCCAGCCAACAACAUCGUCCAGUCAGACCAAGCUCCAGGGGUGCAACAACCAGAGUCGGAUGCAGCAUCAGUUAGGCCUCAGAAGACAUCCCGGUCAGGACGAGUCAUUCGCUUUGCUAGGAGGUUCCUGUCGUGA